AUGUGCUUCAGGUAUCGGGGAGGUGACAGCAGCAAAUCCGUCAGUAAGCCUGCUACAGCAGCUUUUGGUGCUAUUGCUGGCGCCUGCUCUGUCUACGGGAACACUCCGAUUGAUGUUGUGAAAACACGAAUGCAGGGACUGGAAGCUAAAAAAUACAGAAAUACUAUAGAUUGCGCUGUGAAAAUCAUGAAAUACGAAGGCUUUUUCGCAUUUUACAAGGGUACAGUGCCGCGGUUAUGUCGUGUUUGCUUGGAUGUCGCCAUAACAUUCACCCUGUACGAUUCGAUAAUGGAAUAUUUCAAUAAAAUUUGGAAAUCCUGA